UUCUCAGCACCGUGCACAGACCAAACAUUUAGAUGUGUUUCUCUGUGACUCUUUGGCUGCUCGACGGUGUCGUCUUUUCAGCUCUGGCUUUGCGCAUCUUUCAGAUCCAACUGCCAGAGCUGACUGAAGCAGUUGGAAACAGAUGACCUGGUAGAAAUGGAUUGUUGAAGGAGAAAUUGCAUCACGCAGCAAGUGAUUCAUGCUUUGUCACAAAAUGUAGAGGUCGCUACGAUCUGGUGUUGUACUGUGAAGUGGUGGAGAGUUUGCUGUCAAGGAUGAGCUUAAAUGUCUCUGAAAGAACAAACAACGGUGAUAUUGACUCUCAAAAAUGGUUCAACUGUCUGGUAAAUAAAGCCUGUAUUGGGAUCCUAAAGAAACACUUGUUAGCAUAGCGUGUUUCAUGGCUUUUGUUAAACUGGUAACAAUAGCAGUACUUUCGGCUUCAGUGGAAGCACUAAUGUUGCAUGCAGUUUGAGUUACGUCGACGGCCCUUGGUAGGCACACAACCUUCGUAUGUGUGAUUCAUGUUGGCUGUCCUGCAAGCUUUUAGUCUGCUAUCUCCCAGCAUAGUCACUUCGACUAUGAUCUAAAUAAUCCGUAGUUCCGGACAAAGAACAUGGUAAAGCUUUCUGCCGUGGAUGCCCCGUGACAGUGGCACAGCUGGACUGUCUUAUCAUGUUAACCAAACUUGUUUUUGUAGUCCCUUUCAUACCCAACAGAAGUAGAUGUACUUUUUACUUAUUUUGUGUAGCAUUAUGGAUGUCGACCUACAUAUAAUCUCAUGUUUUCUUUGUGCCCCCCAAUGGUCAACCUCCGCUGUCUGUAUUUUGAAACAUUCCUCCAGCCAAUACGAGCCAAUCCCCAUGCCAACGUCUUCAUAUGUAUAAACAUGGGCUCUGGGUUCGGAAGUAGAAUAUGAUAAGUGGAACUUGGAUAAAAAGGGGAUGUCUGAGGAAGCAGUCCGCCAGACGCGCAGCCAGAAGAGGGCGCUGGAGAGGGAUGCUGCUCCCCAGUCUUUGGAGCCCUCCGAUGCUGCUAGCGAAAGCAAACGGUCUAAACUGGCACCAUCUGAACAGACUGAACCUCAGCCCGAGCCAGCACUGGGACUGGAGUCUCAGAACCAGUCUGGUACGGGGUCUGAACCAGAACCCGAAAACAGUCAAUUGCCGUUACCUUUAGUGUUACCCUUGGCGUCCAAGCCGGUGAAGGAAGAAGCGGAGAAGCCAGACAAUCAGACUGGACUUAAGGACGGAGCCGUCAAAGAGGCGGUGAAAACUGAGCCGACAAUGGAGACCAGGACCCGCAACAGGCUGAUGGAGUCGAAGGUUCUGGCUACAGGAGAGGUGAAGGCUACUAUUAAAGUUGAGGUGCAGACUGGAGAGCAGCCAGUGGACAUGAGCACAUCAAAAGGCUUGAAGAAAGAGAAGCGACCUCCGUCCCCAGAAGAUGACGAUGAUGUCAUCAUCCUGUCAGACAACGACACCCCGAGUCCACCCAUGAACGGAGUGAAUCACUUCAAGGAGCUGGACACAGAUCUGCUGAUGAAGAGCAGUCCAGAGGAGCGAGAGCGCAUCAUCAAGCAGCUGAAGGAAGAGCUGCGACUGGAGGAGGCCAAGCUGGUGCUGCUGAAGAAGCUGCGGCAGAGUCAGAUCCAGAGAGAUAAUCUACAGAAGCCCUCCAGUCUGUCCGGCUCCACCGCUCCUCCUCCAUUGAUCCGGGGAACCAUCACGGGCAACAAGAGCUCACAGCAGAUUUUGACAGGCAGGAGUUCAGGGGCGGUCAUCCCCCCUCCGCUUGUGCGAGGAGGGCAGCAGAUCUCGUCCAAACACGGCUCCCAGAUCAUCAUGCCGCCGCUGGUCAGAGGUGCUCAGACCAUCUCUGUAUCUCCACAGCAGAUCCAGGCUCUCCGCCAACAGCAGCAGCAGCAGCUGGCAGCUUCAGGUGGUGGAGGCUCAGGACCGCCACCGCUGCUGAUGGGCCCCAGGACCUCGGCCCCUGGAAGCCAGCGGACCAUGAUGCAGCAGGGUCUCAGAGUAGUGAGCGGCGCCAACUCACUGGCUUCGGCGUCCUCCAUGAAGAGCUCCUCGUCGAGCGGCGUGUCACUGGUGAGCGUCAGCGACUCUCCCGCCAGCCGCCAGGCUGCAGCCAAACUGGCCCUGCGCAAGCAGCUGGAGAAGACCCUGCUAGAGAUCCCCCCGCCCAAGCCUCCCGCCCCGGUCUUCAACUUCCUGCCGUCGGCAGCCAACAACGAGUUCAUCUACCUGGUGGGACUGGAAGAGGUGGUUCAGAACCUGCUGGACACGUUCCACAGAGGAAAGAUGGGUGUGCCGCUGCCCAAGCCUGUGCUAAAGGAACCCUACGCCUGUACGCAGUGCAAAACCGACUUCACCUGCCGGUGGAGACAGGACAAGUCUAAAGUCCUCUGUGAGGACUGCAUGUCGUCCAAUCAGAAGAAGGCGCUGAAGGCGGAGCACACCAACCGACUGAAGGCGGCGUUUGUCAAAGCAUUGCAGCAGGAGCAGGAGAUAGAGCAGCGCAUCAUCCAGCAGACGUCUUCGUCGCUCUCUCACGGCAGCUCCUCGUCCUCCUCAUCGCUCAAGGCUGAGCAGCUGGUGUCCCAGCAGCUGAAGCAGGCCCGAGCCUCAUCUCUGCAGCACCACCACCAGGUCAACCGGGGAAGCAACAUCAUCCACCAUCACUCCAUCAAGAGCCAAGGUAUCUCCCACGGCGGUAUCUCCUCAGUGAGGGGCGUCCCCCACUCCUUCUCCUCCACCUCCCAGCUGCAGAGCGCGGUGGCGGCAGCGGCUUUGGUCAGCCGGCCAGGUAAGCACGAGCGUGUGUCCCAGCGCUCCAUCCAGAGCUCAAAGGUGAGCAGCAGUGGACUCGGCGGCGUCAGGAAUGUCAGCGGAGGUAGUUCCUCAGCCAGUGCAUGGAAGAAGCAGAACAGCAGCAACACAGGAGUGACCAUGGCCUACGUGAACCCCAGCCUGACUGGCCACAAGACUUCCGCCACAGUGGACGCACGUCAGAGGGAGUACCUGCUGGACAUGAUUCCCUCUCGCUCCUCCAUCUCGCAGACUGCUCAUACAUGGAAAUAAAAUACUGUUAUCCAAGCGCCCGGCUCCAACAAAGCGAACAACAGCACUCCCCGGAGGACUGUUUAGCAAAUACAAUCUCAAAUAUUGAAGAAACGUUCCUCUGUAACUUUUCUAUGAUUGUCGUCCUAGUUUACUUCUUUGUUUUGAAUUUGAGGUUUGCUGUUCUUUGUGCAGACUCUUUUGAUCAUCUGGGAAAAAUCAAAGACAAAAACAUACUUGAAGGGCUUCCCACGGAGACGUCUCACCUCCGGGCUGGGUAGUGAUGUGUUUGUCUGCUUUGAGUACUCUGACAAGAAAAAAAAAACAAAA